ACUUUGCCAGUCUCAUGGGAGCGUCCGAGGUAGCAGCUCAGGGCACAUUCGAAUGCCUGGAAAGACGGCAAAGGAUCUGAAGUGUCAGGUGUGUCAUGAGAGUAGCGCCAAGUACAGGUGCCCGGGCUGCCCGACCCGAUACUGCUCUGUCCAGUGCUUCAAGUUGCACAAAUUGAACGCCUGUCAGGCAGACGCCAAGCCAGAUGUCGAUGCAUCGAAGGUCGAAGAAACACUUGUGAAACCGGAUCCGGAUGGCAUUCUGGAUGUGGGGGGGAUUGCGACCCCGAAUGAGGAACCACCUUCCGUUAAGGCUAGAGAUGGUCCGCUUAAACCGCUCACAGAGCUCCUCUGGCCGCCUGAACCCGAUCCGUCCAUCUUCAUGGAUCCCUUGACGCGGGAAGAUCCUAAACCGCUGAGGCAUGAAGAGCUACUUCGUAUAGCUACUUCGUCUUCGCUCCGGUACCUAUUGAGCUCGACUCCCUUACCUCGGAUCUUGAAGAUUCUUGACUCGCUUCCCACCGCAUCUGCACGCUCCUCCUGUCUCGCACGAUUAUUAGGCCUGGACCCCAUUUCAAUGGCAAAGCCCGAUAAUCCUAUUCUGAAUCAGAGGGAUUCUCCUCCACCGUUGGAAGAUUUACUCAGAGCUGCGAUUGGAGAGAACAAGUCAGAGACUGGGUCAGGAGCAUGGGCUGAUGAUGAAGGCUGGUGGCUCGAAUGCAAGCGUGGCGAGGGUCCUCGGUCAGAUAAUGAGAGGAUCUGGAUAGGUUCUGAAGAGAGACGGGUCAUGCGGCUAUUCGCCAGUGUGGUAUGUCGCGAAAUAGACGGAGAUAAGGCCGAUUCCUCCUCUAUGGGCAAAGGGCACCUCGAGUGGGAGGUAUGACUGGGGCUAGCCAUGUGUCGACAUAUCCUAUCUACCUGUAUGUAUGCAUCUACGUGAUCUC